AGAGUCCAGUAUGGUGGAGGGAGAUUCCCAAAUUCAGAUGGGACGAUUUAUUUCAUUCCUUCAGGAACUCUCUUGUUUUGUAACUCGAUGUUAUGAAAUAGUGAUGAAUGUUGUCCAUCAGUUAGCUGCACUGUAUACAAGCAACAGAACUGAACCUAAGAUUAUAGAAACAACCGGAGUUCAUUUUCAGACUGUGUUUGAGCACCUUGGAGAGCUGCUGACCGUUCUGUUGACCCUUGAUCAAAUAAUUGAAAACCAUGCAACGUUGAAGGAUCAUUGGACUAUGUACAAAAGGCUACUGAAAUCAGUACAUCACAACCCUGCAAAAUUUGGGAUACAAGAAGAUAAGUUGAAACCCUUUGAAAAACUGCUCUUAAAAUUGGAAAGUCAGUUACUUGAUGGGAUGCUAUUCCAGGGUUGUGUAGAACAGCAGUUUGACUCUUCUAAUGGAGGUGUGUCUGUGUCAAAAAAUGGAAUGUUUGCCGAAGAGUUUGCACAUAAUAUUCGCUCAAUAUUUUCAAAUGUGGAAGCUAAACUUGGUGAAGCAUCAGAAAUUGACCAGCGGGAGAGAUACGUGGGGCUCUGUGGCCUUUUUGUGCUGCAUUUUCAGAUCUUUCGCAGUGUGGACAAGAAAUUUUACAAAUCUCUUCUGGACGUCUGUAAAAAAGUACCAGCAAUCACUUUAGCAGCCAACGUAAUUUGGUACCCUGACAGCUUUUUGGUACAAAAAGUUCCCGCUGCAGCCAAACUUCUUGAUCGGAAGAGCCUUCAUUCCAUAAAAACUCAAAGAGAUAGCUAUCUACAUGCAAAGUCUCAGUCCCUAACGAAAGAUGUCCAGUCCUACUAUGUAUUUGUCAGCUCUUGGAUGAUGAAGAUGGAGGCUAUUUUGUCAAAGGAGCAGAAAACAGACAAGUUUGCAGAGGACCUCACAAAUAGAUGUAAUAUUUUUGUACAGGGCUUUCUUUAUGCGUGUGGCCUUAGCAACAUCAUCAGAACUACAAUGAACUUAUAUAUGUCUAUGCAGAAGCCUAUGACCAAAACGUCAGUGAAAGCAUUAUGUAGACUUGUAGAGCUGCUCAAGGCCAUAGAGCACACUUUUCACAGAAGAAGUAUGGUUGUUGCUGAUUCAGUUUCCCACAUUACACAGCACCUCCAGCAUCAAGCUCUAAAUGCCAUUGCUGUUGCCAAGAAAAGAGUGAUUUCUGAUAAGAAAUACAGUGAGCAACGCUUAGAUGUUCUUUCUGCACUUGUAUUGGCUGAGAACACCCUCAACGGUCCAAGCACAAGACAGAGAAGACUUAUUGUUGCAUUAGCAUUAAGUGUGGGAACACAAAUGAAAACAUUUAAAGAUGAAGAACUUCUCCCGCUGCAGCUUGUCAUGAAGAAAAUGGACCUAAUCAGCGAGUUGAGAGAGAGGGUCUGGAUACAGUGCGAUUGCUGUUUCCUAUAUUGGCAUCGUGCAGUCUUUCCCAUUUAUCUGGAUGAUGUCUAUGAAAAUGCUGUUGAUGCAUCAAGGUUGCAUUAUAUGUUCAGUGCUUUGUGGAGUUGUGUCCCUGCCAUGAUGCACGCCAGACAUUUAGAGUCAGACGAUCAGUUAUUGGACUGUUAUGACAAGGAAAUUAUGGAAGUUUUAACUGAGCACCUGUUAGACAAGCUCUGUAAAGAAAUAGAAAAGGAUCUCCGGCUCUCGGUCCACACACAUCUGCAGCUUGAUGAAAGAAAUCCAUUUAAAGUCGGUAUCAAAGACUUGGCUUAUUUUUUUUCCUUGAAGCCCAUCCGCUUUUUCCACAGAUUUAUUGAUAUUAAAGCUUACGUAACCCAUUAUUUAGACAAGACGUUCUACAAUUUGACAACAGUAGCGCUCCAUGAUUGGGCAACUUACAGUGAGAUGAGGAACUUGGCAUCACAGCGGUAUGGAUUAACUAUGACUGAGCCACAUCUACCAAGUCAGACGUUAGAACAGGGUUUGGAUGUUCUAGAAAUAAUGAGAAAUAUCCACGUAUUUGUGUCUCGCUACCUCUACAAUCUUAAUAACCAAAUCUUUGUUGAGAAGACAAGCAAUAAUAAGCACUUAAACACAAUUAACAUUCGCCAUAUUGCAAAUUCCAUUCGGACCCAUGGUACUGGAAUCAUGAGUACAACAGUUAAUUUUACAUACCAGUUUCUCAGGAAAAAGUUUUAUAUAUUUAGUCAAUUUAUGUAUGAUGAACACAUCAAGUCAAGGCUGAUCAAAGAUAUUCGCUUUUUCAGAGAUGUUAAGGACCAAAAUGACCAAAAGUAUCCUUUUGAAAGAGCUGAGAAGUUCAACCGUGGAAUUCGGAAGCUUGGUUUAACUCCAGAGGGACAGAGUUAUCUUGAUCAGUUCAGGCAACUUAUAAGCCAAAUAGGAAAUGCUAUGGGCUAUGUCAGAAUGAUACGGUCUGGAGGACUUCACUGCUGCAGCAAUGCAAUCAGGUUUGUUCCAGAUCUGGAAGACAUAGUCAAUUUUGAAGAGCUCGUCAAAGAAGAAAGUCUAUCAGAAGAGACUCAGAAAGCUGCCAGACAGUUGGACUUUGUACUUACUGAUCUUACGCGUAAUUCAGCAGAAGGCACUGAGUACUUCAAAAUGUUGGUGGAUGUGUUUGCUCCUGAGUUCCGUAGUGCAAAGAAUAUUCAUCUCCGUAACUUCUACAGUAUAGUGCCGCCACUGACACUUAACUUUGUUGAACACUCUAUUAGCUGCAAGGAAAAACUAAACAAAAAAAAUAAAAUUGGUGCUGCUUUUACAGAUGAUGGCUUUGCCAUGGGUGUUGCUUAUAUUCUAAAGCUUCUUGACCAGUACCAGGAGUUUGACUCAUUACACUGGUUCCAGUCUGUACGAGAAAAGUACCUAAAGGAGAAAAAGGUGGUUGCUCAACAGCAAAAUGUGCAGUCAAAUAAUCAAGAUGAAAAGCUUCUCCAGACAAUGAACCUAACCCAAAAGAGACUGGACAUCUAUCUUCAGGAAUUUGAGCUGCUUUAUUUCUCGUUAAGCAGUGCAAGGAUUUUCUUUAGAGCAGACAAAACUGCAGCUGAAGAGAGCCAGGAAAAGAAAGAGAAAGAAGAAACAUCUAAAAUAAGUAAUGGGAGUCUGCCAAACAACUCUACUGUGGGAGAUCAUGGCAUGAAAUGACACUCGCUUCCAGAAACCGGCUCUUUGAAAUCCUUGCAUCCUGUUUUACACUCCGUCUAUCUUGAUGUGUGGAUCUUUUACUAGGGUCAAAUUGAGAUACUGAAAGAUGACAUUGCACUUAGUUUAACUGACCACUGUGAGCCCUUGAUAUUUUUUUGUACAAUAUGGGAUUUUCAGCACUUUAAAGUCCACCUUUAAAGUCCAUCUCCUGCAGUGUCCUUCCCCCUAUAAUUAUGAAGGUAAUAUAAAACAACUAUGUGAAGAUAUUUUAUUUUCUUUGUAAAUAGAAUGGUUUAAUUGUUCAUGUGUGUCAUAAGAUGGAGUAGCACAUAACAGCUUAUUGUACAUGUCAGAAACUUUGUGUUUCUGAAAAUGUGCUUUUUUUUGUUUUUUGAUCGGAUGUAUAUUAAGGUGUGUGUGUGUGUGUAUAUAUGUAAAUGCACACUUUUUGUAAUCAGAUAUAUAACUGUUAUCUUUACAGAUGUAAAAAUGUAUAAAAUAUACACAAAUUUGAUGUCAGAUAUGUCUUCUCUGAGAAAGUAGUUUCACAUCUGUAUUCUUGCUAGAUGGUCAAUAUUUUCUUGCCCAAUGUUUAGUAAUGGAAAGUUAAAUAAUGCUGUCCCAUAGUAUAUAAAUUUGCCCUACAGCCACAGAAUACAGAUUUUUAUGCAUUCAGAUCAUGGAAAGUCAACUAAAAAGCAACAAAAUAAAACUGUUCCCAUAGCACCCAUAUUGCUUUCAAUAUUAUAGAACUUAAAGGAUAAAAGACUAGUGUUAUGAUGUUAGGAGUUAUAUAUUUAUAUUACACUUCUAAUAUAAAAAAAAGAUAUUUCUGUGAAAGGAAUUAUGAAGAUCUCCUGCAGUUAAAAUUAUGUGAUGACCUAUGCACAUACCGGUGAGACAUCCUAUGGAUGCACUCUGAGAUACAGAAAUUGGCAAAACUACUCAGGCUUUGUUUUUGUUUGGUUUUGUCAUUCUCAAGAAUCGUAGAGGAAGAUUCUGUUCCAAUUAAUACAAAUGUAUUAAAUAAUUAAUCUAUGAAAAUACUUUAUUGGAAACUUUUGUAGAAAAAGGAAAGCUUUUUAACUGGGAUAGAAUCACCCCUAUAACAUGUCUUGUAUAGUAUUUAAAGGUAUCCAAAACCUAUGUUGUUAUUUAUCAGUACUCAAUCCAUUCUGCUUGCUUUCCAUCUACAUAACACAAGUGUCUCCACAUCUCACACAUUAUCUACAACCUGUUGCUUUUUCAAAAUAGUUAUUUGAAAUAUUGUUACACUUCUUGCAGAUGCAAUUAAAAAAUAUUGUCAUUUUUAAACAGCACUUAGAAGUGGCACUUUCUCUCUUGGUGAAACAUAUAUCAGAACUGUAUUCUUUAGGCUGCUACAAUAAAAAUAAACCCUUUCAAAAUGA